GCAAUUUCCAGCGUCUUGACCAGCAUGACCGCAACAACGAUCGAAGAGAACUGCCCGGCGUUUGACAACGGCUGCCCCUUCAAGGACGUCAAGGAGCGCGUCGCCGACUGCACCUUCUUCGCCAAGGGCUGCCCCUUCAAGGAGACGAAGGACAUGACGGCGCUCUACGACGAGCUCCAGGCCGCGAUCCCGGCGUCGCACCACGAGACGGGCACGGCCGCCGCCGAGUCGGUCCUCGCCAUGUUCAACAGCAUCCACAACGUGAGCCGCGCCAAGAAGACCGAGGUCGGCGCCUGCCCCGUCUUUGUCACGACGUGCCCGUUCAAGACGAUCACCAAGGACGGCCGCCCGCUCGUGGACGAGCUCCAGAUGCGCGCGUGGGGCCAAUUCAACGACGACAGCAGCGACGACGAGGCGCCGCCGCGCAAGCAAGGCCACCUCGCCGAGGACCUCAAGUACGGUACCAAGAAGUCGCACAAGGAGGCCGAGAACGUGCACUUCAUCCGCGAGUUCAUCAAGGGCCGCAUCAACAAAGACGCGUACAAGACAAUGGUGGCCAUGUUCUACUACGUCUACGGCGAACUCGAGGAGCAGAUGCGCCGCGCGUACGCAGCCCGGGACCCGAUCUUUUCGCCGCUGCACUUUCCCGAAGAGCUCGAGCGCAAGGAGGCGCUCGAAGAGGACUUGGCGUAUUACUAUGGCCCCAACUGGGCGUCGACGAUGCCGGCCAUGACGCCUGCGACCAAGGAAUACAUUGCGCGUCUUCAGUACAUUGGCGCAAACGAACCGUCUAUCUUGGUGGCCCACGCGUACACGCGGUACCUCGGCGACCUCUCGGGCGGCCAGAUCCUCAAGAAGAUUGCCAUCAAGGCGCUUGGCCUUGAGAACGGCAACGGCACGGCGUUCUACGACUUUAAGAACAUGACGACGAGCCACAAGGUGUUCAAGAACAAGUACCGCGACGCGCUCAACAACUUGCACGUGACGCAGGCCAUCUCGGACCGGCUCGUCGAGGAGGCCAACCUCGCCUUCCUCCUCAACAUGAAGCUCUUUGAGGAGCUCGACGUGCUCUCGGGCUUCAACACGCCCGAGAAGCAGCAAGCCGACGCCAUCUUGCGCCGCCGCCAGGCCGAGACCGCGCCCAAGGAAGUCGAGACGCGCACGGGCGGUGUGUGCCCGUUUGCCAAGAUGGUUGGUCAGCCCGGCAUCAAAGAGCUCGCGAUGAAGUACCACGGCGACGACAUGAGCGCGGACGAGUUUGAUGAGCUCAAGGCCGAGUACGACGCGGCCAAGUGGGAAGCGCGCAAGAAGCUCCUCAAGCAGUACAGCGUCUCGAUGUUGGUCAUGGGCGCCGCGGUCGGCCUCUCGCUCUUCUUCAAGCAGCACUAA